UUUCGACUCUACAAACCUACCGCCAAGGCGCUGUCUCACUGAGCUGCACCCUACAAAAAGCUAUUGCAGUUGGUGUUUUUGCCUGUUGCUGGGAGACAAGAAGGCGUGACCAUUAAAUAUGAUUUAAAGAAGCUGGGAAAGCCCUCCUCGCGCUGUCUGUCACUACAGUCUCACGCGGACAAACAAGACUAGGCUCCCUAUGGCAGCCGCGCGACCAGCGAAAGGAGGGAAUCCCCGCCGCUUGCUUCUUUGCUAAUGCAUUUGCAUCAGCGUUCCACCGCUUCACUGCAGUUUUUAAUGCUCCAUGUGCCGCGUGCACGCAGGGCACGGGCGUACACCAGGCGCAACUAGGCGUGACAAGACUGGGAAAAGCGCCUUGAAACCUAGCUGCAAUCCAUGCAAGACAGGCGGUGCGGUGUUGCACUGAAGAAACCCGUCUGAAAUUUAUCAAGCUAAUAUGAAAUGUUCGUAGACGAGAUGUGUUUUCCCUUUGGCUGGUUUCCGAAAGAAAUAUUGUGAUUCUUUUAUUUUGCUAGCAAGCUGGCCGUUUCACCCCGCAGAUUCUAACUUCAUUUUGCUUUUUAAUUUUUUUAAUUCAGACCAGGAUUUACAGUCUCUUCCAAGGUCUUGACGACAAUCACCGAGCGACUUCGAUAUGGCUUUAAGUGGAAUGCUUUUGCCAUCUUUAUCUACCUUUGCUAGUGGCCCCGGUGUCAAGGAUAAGCCGAUGGAAACGGGCACGGCUAGUUCGAGACAGAAGGAAGACCUGUCCUGCCUAAAGAGGUCCUUUCUGCCCAAAGACAGUGGCUGUGCAGACCUCCCCACUGCCACGGCCAAGAAGGAGCCAGAAGACCUGGAUCUUCUGGAUUAUGACUUUAUACUGUCCAAUACCAUGCAGCCACAGGAUACCCUGACCAGCAACUCCCAAAAUCUGCCCCCUUCUCCUGGGUCCUUCCCCUACCAGCUCCCCUCCCCCCAGAGCACUGCCGGGGACGUCUUGUACGCCAUUCCGGACAUCAGUGAUGUGUCCCCUUCUGGUGGCUUUGUGGCGGAGCUGUUGAGGCCUGACCUGGACCCUGUGUUCCUGCAGUCUACAAGUCUACAGGGGAAGUUUGUGGUGAAGACUACCAUGGACUUGGCAGACUACAGCCAGGGCAUAAGUGUCAGUAAAAGCAGUGAUGGGGUAGACCUCACUCUGCCCUUCACCUGCCCGCAGAUAAAACAGGAAAGCUCCAUCACUCGUACCGACAUCCAGCCAGCAGACGGCCAGCUUACCGUCAGCUCCAGCCCUAGGACCGGCCGAAGACUCCUCCGAGACCCACACGGAUUCAUGGAAACCAGCCUUCUGUCUGGAGAGGAUGGUCUGCGAAGAGAACGGCAGACCUCCCCUCAGCCCUUAGGGCCCCCGUCUUUGCCUGUUCCACGAGGAUACUCUUCACCUGCUGAGUAUGCUUCACUGCAGCAGGAAAGGUGCACUGCAUCCCUGCACUAUCAAGAGCUCCUGACACCAGGGAGCUGCCUGGCGGAGGAACCCAAGCCCAAACGUGGACGCCGUUCCUGGCCCAGGAAAAGGAUUGCCACCCACACGUGUGACUAUGCUGGCUGUGGAAAAACCUACACCAAGAGUUCCCACCUCAAGGCACACCACAGAACACACACAGGGGAGAAGCCAUAUCACUGUGACUGGGAGGGAUGUGGCUGGAAGUUUGCCCGGUCGGACGAGCUGACCCGUCACUACAGGAAACACACAGGGCACCGGCCCUUUCAGUGUCAGAAGUGUGACCGGGCCUUUUCCAGGUCAGACCACCUCGCUCUACACAUGAAGCGCCAUUUAUGAGACCAGACUGAGCCGAGGGAAAGCAAGCGCUCGCUCGUCCAAACCGCGCUGCCUUUGAGCAGUCAGCAUACUGCACGACACGCUGUGACUUCCACAGCAAAGAACCGUUCACUCGGGCUCGAACCGCAUACAACUGCAGCACUUCCCAAUGAACUGGAACCAGCCCAAGAUCUCUCAGAUGCUGGCUGUUACAUAUUUGAUCUCACGAUCUACAGGACUAAACUGGAAUUUUCACUGACAAGACUUGGUGGACCAGGUGCCAAAAUAAGACUGGAAAUAUAUGAAAAUCAGGGAAAAGUUGUGACAGAUGAUUGCUAAAAGAAUAGGGACCUUUCACCAGCAACAUGCCAUUUGCCUUCCCAAGAACACUGUUAGACAUUUUAUAUUAUACAUAUAUUUUUAUAUUCUUCCUGCCAACCAUUAUUCUUUAUUUAUUUUUUUUUAUUUCAGGUACUGAAGAUAUUUUUCAGUUAUUGGAUUGCUCUCAGUGAUUUAAAAUGUAUUUAAAAGUACCAAAGGACGAAUGGAAGCAAUUUUAACAUGUUUUACUGACUCCAGGGCUGAAGGGCCACAGUGCCUGUAGGUUUUGAUGUGCUACAGCAGCUGAUUAAAUAUAUUUUAAAAAUAUAUUAUUUCCAUUUUAGUGUAUGUUUUUAAUUGGGCCAGACAAGUUAUAUGUGCAAUGUAGGCUAGUUUGGAUACUAUUGUCUUUUUUUUUGGGGGG